CCAUUUCCCGUGAUGCCCUGCUCCAUCGGCGCUGAGCCGCAGCAUCAUUUGAGCGGAGCUGAAGGAGGAAAGAGAGGAGCACGACACGGACACGCGCGGACACGCACGGACACACGGAAAGAUUAUUUUUUUUAAUUUGCCUUCGCAAGUCCUCCGAGGUUUUCCUCCAGGAUCUCGCUGUUUUGGGGCGUGCCGAGGUCAGAGGUCACGCCUCCAUGUGGUCUGACGGAAGAUGAAACAGCAUGACUUUGGAAGGAGCGGGUCGGGAUCACUGCAGACCUCCUGCAAAGCUCCGCCCAGGUCUGAGGUCAGCCAGAACCAGGAUGUCUUCCUGGGUUUGUGUGAGGACAGUCCAGCUGGAUGCCAUGGCGACGAGCCGUCGAAGGGCGGAGCUACAGAGCCGAGCGAUGGCGUCCAGGAGGACAGGUGUGCCCACCCGGUGGACAGCGCGGGGUUCUUCUCCUUCAUGACGUUCCACUGGCUGACUCCUCUGGCGCUGAGAGCCCGCAGGAAAGGGCAGCUCCUGCUGGAGGACAUCUGGCCCGUGGCGCCGCGGGAACGUUGCCACAGCAACAGCGUCAGGCUGAGGACUCUGUGGGAGGAGGAGCAGAGGUCCAAGGGAACCGAGGCGUCCCUGUGCUCCGUCGUCUGGACCUUCUGCCGGGCUCGUCUCCUCCUGUCCAUCCUCUGCCUCACCGUGACUCAGCUCGCUGGAUUCAGCGGCCCAGCGUUCGUGGUGAAGCGUCUGCUGGACUACACCCAGCAGGAGGCGUCGGACCUGACCUACGGCCUGCUGCUGGUUCUGGGGCUCCUGACCGCAGAGCUGAUGCGGUCCUGGUCUCUGGCUCUGACCUGGGCCCUGAACUACAGGACCGGGUGCAGACUGAGAGGCGCCAUCCUCAGCCUGGCCUUUGAGAAGAUCCUGCGGCUGCGCAGCGUCCGGGACAAGUCGGUGGGGCAGCUGAUCAACAUGUGCUCCAGUGACGGUCAGCGGAUGUUCGAGGCGGCGGCGGUGGGCAGUCUGCUAGCAGGCGGCCCCCUGCUGGCUGUUCUGGGCGUGGCAUACAACCUGUACAUACUGGGUCCCACAUCCCUGCUGGGCUCCUCUGUCUUCAUCCUCUUCUACCCCACCAUGAUGUUCAGCUCCAGGAUGACGGCUUACUUCAGGCGGAAGGGCGUGGCUGUCACCGACAGGCGAGUGCAGAAGAUGAACGAGAUCCUCAGCUACAUCAAGUUCAUCAAGAUGUACGCCUGGGUGAAAGCUUUCUCCCAGGACGUCCAAAGGAUCCGGGACGAGGAGCGCCGCCUGCUGGAGCUCACGGGUUAUUUCCAGAGCAUCACGGUGGGCGUGGCGCCGGUUGUGGUCGUCAUUGCCAGCGUAGUGACAUUCUCCACCCACAUGGUGCUAGGCUACGACCUCACAGCCGCCCAGGCGUUCACUGUGGUCGCCGUGUUCAACGCCAUGACAUUUGCCCUGAAAGUGACGCCGUUUUCUGUCAAGUCUCUGUCAGAGGGCUCGGUGGCUGUGGAGAGAUUCAAGAGUCUGUUCCUGUUGCCGGAGAUCGACGGCGUCCGAGCGUCGCCUGCCGAUCCCCGGGUUGCCGUGGAGAUUUGUGGCGCCUCUCUGGGAUGGGAGGGGGCGGGGCACAGCGCCCAGGCCAGUCCGUGUGUGCGAGCAGCCGGCCGACAUCGACAGAGAGAAAGGUGCAGAGACACCGCUGUCCUCCAGGAGCAGGAGGAGGCGACUGGCUCCCUGUUGGCAGGAGGAGAUGCAGAUUCCAGUCCUGAGGAGGAAGACGGGGAUGAGGAGGACUCCUGUCCUCCCCUCCUGGCAGUCCCCCGUGCGUCUCAGCGCCCUCAGAACGCCCUGCACAGCAUCACUCUGGCCGUCCAGCAGGGACAGUUGCUCGGUAUCUGCGGAUGCGUCGGCAGCGGGAAAACCUCCCUGAUCUCUGCCAUCUUAGGACAGAUGACGGUGCUGGAGGGCAGCGUGGCCGUCAGAGGAAGGAUGGCCUACGUGGCUCAACAGGCCUGGAUCCUGAACGCCACGCUGAGAGACAACAUCAUGUUUGGACAGGAGUACCAGGAGGACAGGUACCAGUCUGUCCUCAGUGCCUGCUGUCUGAGACCGGACCUCGCUCUGCUGCCCAACGCUGACCUCACAGAGAUCGGAGAGCGCGGCGCCAACCUGAGCGGCGGCCAGCGGCAGCGCAUCAGUCUGGCCCGGGCCCUUUACAGCGACCGGGACGUUUACAUCCUGGACGACCCUCUGAGCGCGCUGGACGCCCACGUGGCCAAUCACAUCUUCCGCAACGCCAUCAAGAAGCAGCUUCAGAGCAAGACUGUCAUCUUCGUCACCCACCAGCUGCAGUACAUGGUGGACUGUGAUGACAUCAUUCUGAUGAAGGACGGCAGUAUAGUGGAGCAAGGUAACCAUGACGACUUGAUGAAGCUGAAUGGAGACUACGCAGCCAUGUUUAACCGCUUCCAGCUGGGGGACCCGCCCGUCAUAGAGGUUCCCAGCAGGAAGCAGGGCGGCUCUCAGAGGAAACCAGCAGACAUCAAACCAGGAUCCGUGAAGAAGAUCUCGCCGGUCAUCAAAGACAACGGUGAAGAGCAGCAGUACGGCGGCGUGUCCUGGCCCGUGUUCCAAGUCUACAUGGCGGCGUGUGGUGGCUCCGCCCCCUGCCUGCUGAUCCUGGUUCUGUUUGUUCUCAAUGUGGGAAGUGCGGCCUUCUGCCACUGGUGGCUCAGCUUCUGGAUCAACCAGGGCAGUGGGAACUCAACGGUAACCGUGGGCAACAGCACGGCAAUGAGCAUCAGCAUGAAGGACAAUCCCAAGAUGCAGCAGUACGCCGCCAUUUAUGCGUCUUCCAUGGGAGUCAUGCUAAUCUUUAAACUCAUCCGAGGAAUCGCCUUUGUCAAGGGAACUCUGAGAGCUUCCUCUAAGCUGCAUGACCAACUCUUCCACAAGAUCCUACGCUGCCCCAUGAAGUUCUUUGACACGACUCCUACAGGACGGAUCCUUAAUCGCUUCUCCAAGGACAUGGAUGAAGUUGACACCCGUCUGCCCUUCCAGGCGGAAAUGUUCAUCCAGAACGUGAUCCUGGUCUUCUUCUGCCUGGGUGUCAUCAGCUGUGUUUUCCCAUGGUUCCUAGUGGCUGUUGGUCCACUGGUCUUGGUUUUUGCUGCUCUCCACAGUGUCUCCAAGGUCUUCAUCCGGGAGCUGAAGCGUUUGGACAACAUGACAAUGUCCCCCUUCAUGUCCCACAUCACAUCAAGCAUCCAGGGCCUGACGACUCUGCAGGCCUACGACAGAGGACAGGAUUUCCUCCAAAGGUACCAGUUUUUGCUUGACCAGAACCAGGCUCCGUUCUACCUGUUCAGCUGUGCCAUGCGCUGGUUGGCGGUUCGCCUGGAUAUCAUUAGCGUGUCUCUGAUCAGCAUGACGGCCUUGAUGAUGGUCCUGAUGCAUGGGCAGAUCCCCCCCGCCUACGCCGGACUUGCGAUCUCCUACGCGGUGCAGUUGACAGGACUGUUCCAGUUCACGGUGCGGCUAGCCUCCGAGACCGAAGCUCGCUUCACCUCUGUGGAGAGAAUCCAUCACUACAUCCAGUCUCUGUCCCAGGAGGCCCCAGCCCGGGUUAAAGGCCGUGCUCCUCCGCCUGACUGGCCCCAGCAAGGGGAGCUGGUGUUCAGGGAUUUGGAGAUGAGGUACCAGGAGAACCUCCCUCUGGUUCUGAAUAGGAUCUCAUGCUCUAUUAGACCAAAGGAGAAGAUCGGCAUCAUUGGGAGAACCGGAUCAGGGAAGUCGUCUCUGGGCGUGGUCUUGUUCCGGCUCGUGGAGCGCGCCGGAGGCUCAAUCCUGAUUGACGGCAUCGACAUCAGUGACAUCGGAUUGGCUGAUCUGCGCAGUAAACUAUCCAUCAUCCCACAGGACCCGGUUCUGUUUAGCGGGACGGUCAGGUCCAAUCUGGAUCCGUUCAACCAGUACAGCGAGGAGAAGAUCUGGGACGCUCUGCAGAGGAGCCACAUGAAGGAGUCGGUCUCUCAGCUCCCUCAGAAGUUGGAGUCGGAGGUUGUGGAGAACGGCGAGAACUUCUCAGUGGGAGAGAGGCAGCUGCUGUGUGUGGCCAGAGCUCUGCUGAGACAGUGCAAGGUGCUGAUUCUGGACGAGGCCACGGCGGCCAUGGAUGCUGAGACGGACGCUCUGAUCCAGGAGACCAUCAGGAGCUCGUUUCAGGACUGCACCACCCUGACCAUCGCCCAUCGCCUCCACACCGUCCUGUCGUCUGAUCGCAUCAUGGUGCUGAACCAGGGACGGGUGGCGGAGUUCGACGAGCCCGCCAGGCUGCUGGCCAAUGAGAACUCUCGGCUGUGUUCGAUGCUGGCGGCUGCGGAGAGCAAAGUGUCUGUGCGAGGAUGACGAGGAUGAGGAGCCGAAGAAGACCCAGCGCCCGUCUGAGUGGCCUCUGACGGCUUCCCGCUGCUUUACUUGACGUCUCUCUGCUGUUCGGUUGUGAGCUGCUCUCACGCAGCUCGGUGCUGCUGAUCUGUUUCAUUUAUUUAUUUGGGACUCGUUUGACGCUCUGAUGACCUGGCACCGUGUUACUGGCUGCACGCGGAGGUGGGCGGAGUCAAAGAGCAAAGCCUGCGGUUUUCUUUCUGUAUAAAACAAUGUCUGAUUAUCUGAAAGUGUUGAUUUAAUCGUCUUGGUUUUAAUGUUGUUCAGAUGACACCAGGAUUCUGUUAGAGCGGACAGAAGACUCCAGCGACGUCUGGGGGUGAAGUAGAGGGAUGUCGUCGUCUUUGUUCUCUGCGUCAGAUAAUUAUAAUCGGCCUGCCGCGGUUUAAUGUGGAAUGUAGAGAUGCUUUCCUUAAUAUGAACUUCGGAGGUGCAGAACCUCUUUGCCUUUAAAUGCUUUUUGCCUUUCAGAAGGAGGCAUUGGAGUGGGUGCUGCCCCCCGCAGGAGAAACACUGUAACUGUGCAACAAUCUGCAGCAGCAAAGUGCCCAGGAAAUGGGGGGGGGUUUCAUGUACCAGGACAGCUGGGAAGGAUGGUGUUCCUGUUCUGAGGGAAGUGAUGAUCCGGCUGCAGUGUGCAGUGUGUACCUGCAGGGGGCAGCACGUAGGAGUCUCCACCUGUACAGAACCACGGUAAAGGAGCCGCUCUGUGUUGACCUGUUUGUGAUGUGAGAGGUGGAGUGAGGACACUCUGCUGCUCCUCGUUCCUUUGCACUCUCUGACCUCAUGAACACGACGCCGAGCUGCAAACAGAGGCGGCGCAUCGAAUCGCUCUGCAGAGGUUCCCUGCCGGAGGGCCGGGCCACCUCAGCUCGGUUCUGCUCGUCAACCAGAUGCGAUAUUUUCAUUCUGAAUUUUGUUGUGAUAGAACAGCCUUGUAAAAAUGUCUCAUUGUUGUUGUAUUUUUAUAAAAGCCUUUCAGCAUGAUAAAGAAAACCAGUAAAACCCGUUUAACACUCUC